GAGUGAAUAAAACUGGUUUUGGAAGACAAGAUGACGACAGCUUCAGAAAGAAAGUAUAGUAACAUUAGGAAAAGGCUAGACCAGCUGGGGUACCGCCAGACUCUGACGGUUGACAGUCUGCCUUUGGUAGAAAAACUUUUCAGUGACUUAGUUCAUACAACAGAGAGCCUGCGGCAGUCCAGGUUGUCCUCAGAAAAGGCGGAAAAGGAAAGUGCCAAUUUUGAUUUUGCUUUGGAGCCUUAUAAACUUGAAAAUGCAAGACUCUGUAAGGAGAAUAAUGAAUUGUAUCUGGAGUUAAUGAAGCUGAGAGAAUACUCAGACCAGCACAUGAAAGAGUUGAAAACUGAGUUGAAGAAAUGUUCACGUGAGACAGCUGAUCUGAAAUUUCUGAAUAACCAGUAUGUUCAUAAGCUCAGACUCCUGGAGAAAGAGAGCAGAGCAAAGAACGAAAAAAUCCAACAGCUUCAAGAAAAGAAUUUGCAUGCUGUAGUGCAGACUCCUGGUGGCAAGAAAAGACACAUUGCAUUUAGGCGCCAGCGGAUGCAAAUCGAUGAACCAGCCCCGCCCUCUGAAGUCAGUUCAUACCCAGUUCCACAGCCAGAAGACCCAUACAUUGCAGACCUCCUGCAGGUCGCUGACAACAGGAUUCAGGAACUUCAGGAGGAAGUCCACCAGCUUCAAGAGAAGUUAGUAGUGAUGGAAAACGGAGUGAGAGAUUACAGCAAGCAGAUUGAGCUAAGAGAACAAGAAAUAGAACGACUGUCACUUGCUUUGGAUGGUGGCCGUUCCCCUGAUGUCCUGUCUUUGGAGACUAGAAAUAAAACCAAUGAAAAGCUUGUUGCUCACCUAAAUAUUCAGGUUAACUUCCUUCAGCAAGCUAAUAGAGAACUGGAGAAGCGUAUUCAAGAGCUCCUGGAAACCAAGGAAACAGUGACAACUGAAGUUGUAAGCCUAAGUAACAAAAAUGAAAAGCUUUGCCAGGAGUUAACCGAAAUCGACCAGUUAGCCCAGCAGCUGGAAAGGCAUAAAGAGCACGUGCUGGAGACGGCAGACAAGGAGCUCGGCGAGGCAAAGAAAGAAAUUAAAAGAAAACUCUGUGAAAUGCGGAACCUUGAAGAAAAAAUGUCAAAACUUCAACUGGAGUUGGACUUAAGCUAUAAGGAAAAGGAGAGGCUAAAUGAUGAGCUCCUUCUGAAGUCAGACCUGGAGAUUGUUGUUCAGCAGCUUGAAGAAGAGAAGCACAGACUCAGCAAAAAAUUGGAAAGUUUUGCAGUCACAGAAAGAGAACUGACUUUGGAGGUAGAAAGGAUGAGGCUAGAGCACGGGAUAAAACGUCGUGAGAAGUCACCCUCUCGGUUAGACAUGUUCCUGAAAAGUAUAGAGGAAGAGCGCGAUUACUACAAGAAAGAGCUGGAGAGACUGCAGCAUAUCAUCCAGCGGAGAUCUUGUUCUGUAAAUUACUGUGGACGGGAAAAACCCUCGGUACUCAAAGGCGCAGAAAAGGGUGACUGCAAUCCAGACCUUCACUCCGUCACAAGAGAAAGGGAUGAGCUCCAGCGCAUGCUACAAAGAUUUGAAAAAUACAUGGAGGAUAUACAGUCCAACGUGAAACUGUUGACUGCAGAAAGGGAUAAACUAACCAUCUUGUAUAACGCAGCAAAGGAAGAGCUGUCUGCACUAAAACAAGAGUCCAGUAGUGUGACAGUCCCCAACAGUCUUGUUAGUUGUAUAGAAAAGGAGAAAGAGCGUGCACUGUCUGACUUAAGAAAAAUUACGGCAGAGAAGGAAGCUCUGAAAGAAAAGUUGAAAAAUAUCCAAGAAUUGAACGCUUUUGGAAAAUCAGAAUUAGAGAAAACUAUUGAAAAUUUGACAUAUAUUAAUCACCAGCUUGAAAAUGAAAAAUAUGAGUUGCAAUCUAAGAUGUUAAUAAUGAAAGAGACAAUAGAGUCAUUAGAGAACAAAUCAAAACUCCAAGCUAAGUUUAGCCAUGUGACUGGUGACUCAUCUCAUCCGAAAACAGAGGUGAACUCUCUUAGGAUAGUAAAUGAGCAGCUUCAGCGGUCACUUGAUGACACUCAGAACCGACUUGCCUUAAAAAGAGGUGAACUUGAAUCAGCCCAAGAACAAAUUAGACUUCUGGAGGAAAAUCUAGAGAAAAUAAGGCGUGAGAUGACGUCACAGAGCGAAGAAACACAGGCAAUGAAGAAGACCAUUGGAGUGAUUGACAAGGAAAAGGACUUUCUCCAGGAGACUGUGGAUGAGAAGACAGAAAAGAUUGCCAGCUUGCAAGAGAGCCUCAUCAGUAAAGACAAAGUUAUUGCCCAAAUGAAGGUCACAGUCACAGAGUAUGAAAUGUCGUUGAACCAGCUAAAGGAAACCUUGGCCAAUCGGGACCGAGAGAUAAGCAGCCUACGACGCCAGCUCGAUGCGGCUCACAAGGAGCUGGAAGAAGUUGGGAAAUCUAGAGAGAUGUGUUUUAAGGAGAACAGAAGGUUACAAGAUGACCUGGCCACGGUGGCAAGGGAAAACCAGGAAAUCUCAAUUGAAUUAGAAGCAGCAGUGCAAGAGAAAGAUGAAAUGAAGAGCAGAGUUCACAAGUACAUCACUGAGGUGUCAAGAUGGGAGAACCUAAUGGCUUCUAAGGAAAAAGAAAACCAAGACUUACUGGACAGAUUCCAGAUGCUUCAUGACCAAGCUGAGGACUGGGAGAUCAAAGCGCAGCAAGCGGAAGGGCAGAACAGCUCAGUGCGCCUGGAGCUGCUGUCCAUCGACACGGAGCGGAGACACCUGCGGGAGCGAGUGGAACUCCUGGAGAAGGAGAUCCAGGAGCACAUAAAUGCACAUCAUGCUUAUGAGUCUCAGAUCUCGUCAAUGGCAAAAGCCAUGUCUCAGUUAGAAGAAGAGCUGCGACAGCAUGAAAACGAGAAAGCAACCGUGUUAGGUGAUCUGUCGUCUCUCCAAGAACUUUGCAUUAAGCUUGACUCGGGCAAAGACCUCAUGACCCAGCAGCUGACGACCAAGAGCCUCGAGCUGGACCGGGCGGUAGCAGAAUUAGAGAAUGUGAAAUCAGAAUCGGAACUGUUAAGAAAACAACUGACAAGUGAGAGACAGACAAUUAAAAACCUUGAGUCCUUGUUAGCUACAAACAGAGAUAAAGAAUUUCAUUCACAUAUGACCUCCCAUGAGAAGGAUACAGAAAUCCAGCUACUGAAGGAAAGGUUAAACAUCUCAGAAAGCAAACUAACUAGCCAAAGCCGAGAAACCUCCAUGUUUCAAGCUAAACUGACACAGUUGCAAACAGAUUACGAUAAUCUGAAAAGGCAGUUUUCAAAUGAGAGAUAUGAACGAGAGAGAGCAAUCCAAGAGAUGCACCGACAUGGUGUCCCUACAUCACCUCUUAAUUCUGCUCUGAGGUCUCCUGUACAGUCUCUUGAUGACGUGAAUUCAUAGUUGUCAGGAAGAUUAUGGCUUUCAGUGAGUUCCUACAUGAAGUCUUAAAGAUCACAAGAGUAAUGAAAUAUUUGAAGUACUUGUUCCUGCGAAUCAUGAACAUUGACACAAAUUCUACCUCUGUCAACCUUUAUUUA